AUGGCUACAGCUAUCGUGGAGAUUGGAGCUGACGUGGACUACACGACGGCGCAACUACUUGAGAGACAGCAGAGCAUUCGGGUUAGCGUGACAAUGCGGCCGGAAGCAGGCGUCGCCGGGAGCUCGCGAGCAUGCGAGAGCAUGAAGGACGUGACCGUUCCGCGUGAAAAUGAUUUUGGAUCGCCACCGAGUAACCAGUUCGCUAAGCCACCUUCGCCAAACGAUUUCGCCGCAGUGAAGGAUUUCACGGCAGGCGUCGCUGCAGGGGUGGCUCUCGUCGUCACCGGCCAUCCGUUCGAUACCGUCAAGGUUAAGCUGCAGGCCAGCAACGUCAGCAACGGCCCGUCGUCCGCGUCGCCAGCGUCGCAAGCGUCGCUAGGGGCUCCGCGUUAUCGCUCGGCAUGGCAGUGCACGUCGCACAUUCUUCGCACUGAAGGGAUUUUCGGCCUAUACCGUGGCGCCACGUCAUCAUUCAUCGGCGUGGCAGUGGAGAGCUCCCUGCUGUUCGGCUCGUACACCCAAAUAAAGACCGCCCUCCAGAACGGAGAGCGGUCAGCACCCACAGCAGGCACGGUGGCGGCAGCAGCAGGGCUGGCGGGCGGGCUCAUCAGCUUCGUGCUCUGCCCCACAGAGCUUGUCAAGCGUGUGAGUGCUGAGGUGAGUGCUGAGGUGAGUGCUGAGGUGAGUGCUGAGGUGAGUGCUGAGGUGAGUGCUGAGGUGAGUGCUGAGGUGAGUGCUGAGGUGAGUGCUGAGGUGAGUGCUGAGGUGAGUGCUGAGGUGAGUGCUGAGACCGUCAAGGCCGAUGGGCAACAGGGGCUGUUCCGAGGCCUUACAGCGACAGCACUGAGGGAGUCCCUGGGCAACAUCGGCUUCUUCCUCACAUACGAAGCCAUCAAACACCGCCUCCUCCCUGCCCUCGCACCCUCCUCUCCCUCGCACUCCCCCACGCACUCCCCUCCCUCUUCCUCCUCCUCCGCCUCCCCGGACCUCUCAGUUGAAGUUAUGCAUGAAAGGUCAAGCCAAGACAGGGAGGACCCGAGGAGAAGAGAUCUGGCAGAAGGGAGAGGGGGCCAAGGGGAAGGGGUGUUGAGAGGGGGGGAGACAGAGGGGCAGGGGGGGGCGAGUGAGUGGCGGAGGGUGGCAGCUGAGGCUGCCACAGCCAUUGCCAGUGGGGGGAUAGCAGGCAUCGUGUUCUGGUCAGCAGUUCUCCCAUUUGACGUCAUCAAGACCCGCAUUCAGACGGCAGACGCUUCGGCAUCACCUGAGUCGCUGCGCAUGCUCAGCCAGUGCAAAGCUAUUCUUAGGGAGAGUGGUAUCAGGGGGUUCUAUGCCGGUCUCCUGCCCACACUCACUCGAGCCUUCCCGGCCAAUGCUGCGGCUGUUGUCGCCUGGGAGCUAACCUCAAGGCUGCUAGGGGUCUCCAACCCUUGA